AUGCUCAAAAGAAUAGAAAGAGAACAAAGAAAAGAUAAUGAGACAGACGUAAAGCCAAAAGCCCCAUGGUCAAGAUGUUUGAUUUUAGCAUCACGUGGAGUAUCAGCAAAGCAAAGAUAUUUAAUGCAAGAUCUUAUUGCAAUGAUUCCACAUAACAAAAAAGAACCAAAAUUUGAUGACAAACGACAUUUUCAUGAAAUUGCAGAAAUAUGUGAUUUAAGAAAUUGUGAUACAUGCAUUUUCUUCGAAAACAGAAAACACACUGAUUUAUAUCUAUGGUUUUGUUGUGCACCACAUGGACCUUCUAUUAAGUUUUUUGUAGAAAAUAUUACGACUAUGUCUAAUUUAAAAUUAACAGGAAAUGCUUUAAAAGGUUCAAGACCAAUUAUUAGUUUUGGUGCUGAGUUUGAAGCAAGUAAUGAAAAUAAAAUUAUAAAAGAAAUAUUAUCAAAAAUUUUCCAUGUAGAACAAAAUUAUCCAAAAUCAAAACCAUUUAUUGAUCAUAUAUUACAAUUCUCUAUUGUUGAUGAUCGUAUUUGGAUGAGGAAUUAUCAAAUUGUUGAUGGAAGUGGCAAUGAAAAGUUAUCACUUGUUGAAAUUGGUCCAAGAUAUUGCAUGAGAUGUAUAAAAAUACUUGCUGGUUGUUUUAGUGGAUCAGUUGUGUAUUUAAAUGAAAAAUAUGUCUCUCCUAAUGUUAUUCGUUCUAUGGAACGUCGUGAAGCUCAAUUAUCUGCUGCUCGUUCUAAACAAAUAGCAAAAGAAAAGAGUGAAGAACAAAAAAAUAUUGUUGAGAAGAAAUCAAUUUUAGAUGAAGUAUUUGAAAAUGAAGUGAAGAUUGAAGAUGACGAGAAAGAAAAUAAAGAGAGUUCUAAUUAA